AUGGCGGCUCUUCCUGAAAAACCAUCCGGAACUUUCAUUUCGCUCCAAAAAGUUAUAGCAAAAAAAGGAGCACGCCAAGUCCAUCAGGUUUCAUAUAGCAGCUCUCAUGAGCAUAUUUCAGUAUGCCCAACUAUAUCAGCAGCGGGGACAUACAUCCCACCAUUGCUUAUUUUUAAAGGAAAACGAAUGAUUCCAGGUCUUCUAAACAGUGCACCCACUGGUUUUGUCAUGGGAUUUACUGAAACAGGAUAUAUGCGUGAAAGCCUAUUUCAAAAAUAUAUUGAGUAUUUUGUUAGUUCUAUCCCACCUAUACAUCCUCAUGAUAUCCUUCUUUAUGCUCUUCCUCUCUAUACCACUCACAUUCUACAGCCAGCCGAAUUACCAUUUGCUACAUUAAAGAAAGCAUAUGAUAAAGAGUCCUAUAUGCCUACUGCAAUAUGCAAUGCCUUCAAGACCACUGGAAUUUGGCCAUUAAACCCCAGUGCAAUUGGUCCUGAUCGUCUAGAUCCUUCAUUACAUACCAAUAUUCUACAAUUAGCUCCAACUUAUACACGCCUCACCAAAGCAAACCCUACUAAAAAAGAACUAUUGUCAGAAAUUAGAUUGCUAAAUAAGAGGGUUGAACGAUUGGAAGAAGAACUUGAAACCCUCAAUAACCCUGAAUCAUUAAAACAAUUAAAAGAAGCGGAGGAGGAGGCUGAAAGAAUGGUUAACGAGAAGCAACAUAAAAAAGAAGUGGCCAUUCAAAAGUAA